AUGACUAACGAAACUACUGUACCAAGUGCUGAACCUAGCAUGCCUGGUGUGCCCUCUUUGAGGGAUAUUUUGCCCUCUUUCCGUUUAGAUGGCCAUGUAACUGUCGUUACAGGUGGUUCAGGAGGCUUAGCCCACACUUUGUGUCAAGCUCUACUGGCACAAGGUUCUGAUUUGGCCCUGCUGGACUUGUCCGUCGAGGGCCUCGAGUUUGCCAAAAAAGAGCUCGAGAAUUUCGUGGCGGUUAACAAGAUCUCUAACGUCAAGAUUAGUACAUGGCCCUGCGACAUCGGUGAUGCUGCUAUCGUCGACGAAGUAGUCCGUGCCAUUCCUUUGAAACACGAAGGUAUUGUCCCUGCCAAGUUGGUUCACACCGCAGGCUACUGUCAAAACAUCCCCGCCUUGGAUUACGACCCGCGCCAGGCCGAGUCCUUGGUGAGAGUCAACCUAAUGGGCUCUCUUUACAUUUGCCAAUCCAUGACUAAACUGUUGUUGAGUAAGGCCCGCAGAAGAAGAUCCGUGUCGGCGGAGACAAGGGAAGCAGGUGAAGCUCUUCCACAACUUACUCACGUUUCGUAUGUUUUAAUUGGCUCGAUGUCCGGUUGUAUUGUCAAUACCCCGCAGCCUCAGGUUGCCUAUAAUAUGUCGAAGGCAGGUGUCAUUCACAUGAUGCGUUCUCUGGCAUGCGAGUGGUCGCGCUAUGGUAUCCGCGUCAACGCUAUCUCCCCUGGUUACAUCGCGACGGCUUUAACCAAGAAAGUUAUUUCCGGUUCUCCAGAAGGUGCUGCACUACAACAAGAAUGGACCAGUAGAGUUCCUAUGGGUCGGAUGGCCGAACCUCGCGAAUUCGUAGGAGCUAUGCUGUACCUAUUGAGCGAAAGCGCUUCUAGUUAUACUACGGGAGAAAACAUGGUGGUAGAUGGUGGAUACGUUUGUUGGUGA